AAGACGGCGCCUGCGCAGUGUGACGGAUAAACAACAUGGCGGCGUCCUUGCAGUGCCUCACGUCUGCUGGGAAGCAUCUCCUUCAAAAACACUUCCUGAAGACACACUAUGUCCGCAGGCUGGCCACGCAGCCGGCGGCUCUGAACGUGCCGGAGACCAAGGUGACCACCUUAGAGAACGGGCUGCGGGUGUCUUCUGAGGACGCCGGGCUGACCACCUGCACGGUGGGCCUCUGGAUCGACGCCGGCAGCCGCUACGAGAACGAGAGGAACAACGGCACCGCCCACUUCCUGGAGCACAUGGCCUUCAAGGGCACCAGGAAGCGCUCCCAGUUGGAUCUGGAGCUGGAGAUCGAGAACAUGGGGGCUCACCUGAACGCCUACACGUCCCGAGAGCAAACCGUGUACUACGCCAAAGCCUUCUCUAAAGACCUUCCCCGAGCCGUGGAGAUCCUGGCGGACAUCAUCCAGAACAGCACGCUGGGCGAGGCCGAGAUCGAGAGGGAGCGAGGGGUGAUCCUCCGGGAGAUGCAGGAAGUGGAGACCAACCUGCAGGAAGUGGUGUUCGACUACCUGCACGCGACGGCGUACCAGUCCACCGCCCUGGGCCGGACCAUCCUGGGCCCCACGGAGAACAUCAAAACCAUCAACCGAGGCGACCUGGUGGAGUACAUCACCACGCACUACAAGGGGCCCCGGAUGGUGCUGGCUGCUGCUGGAGGCGUCUCUCACGAUGAGCUCAUCCAUCUGGCCCGGUAUCACUUCGGGAAGCUUCCCGGCAGAGGGGAAGCCCCGGCACUGCCUCCCUGCCACUUCACAGGAAGUGAGAUCCGUGUGCGUGACGACAAGAUGCCUCUGGCCCACAUCGCCAUCGCCGUGGAGGCGGUGGGCUGGGCGCACCCCGACACCAUCCCCCUCAUGGUGGCCAACACGCUCAUCGGGAACUGGGACCGCUCGUUCGGGGGAGGAGUGAACCUGUCCAGUAAGCUGGCCCAGACGGCCUGCCAGGGGAACCUGUGCCACAGCUUCCAGUCCUUCAACACCUGCUACACCGACACCGGCCUGUGGGGGCUCUACAUGGUGUGUGAGCCCGGCACCAUCGACGCCAUGAUGCACUCCACCCAGAUGGAAUGGAUGUCUCUCUGUACGAGUGUGACGGAGGCCGAGGUCGCGAGGGCCAAAAACCUUCUGAAGACCAACAUGCUGCUGCAUCUGGAUGGGUCGACGCCCGUCUGCGAGGACAUCGGCCGACAGAUGCUGUGCUACAGCCGGAGGAUCCCGCUGCACGAGCUGGAGGCCCGGAUCCACAAUGGACUUCCUGUCCUAGAAACUACUGUUUCCUUCAGGCCGUCGACGCCACGACCAUCAGGGACGUGUGCACCAAGUACAUCUUCAACAAGGCGCCGGCCAUCGCAGCCGUAGGGCCCAUUGGUCAGCUGGCCGACUACCAGCAGGUCCACAGUGGAAUGUUCUGGAUGAAAUGACAUCACUCUUCUUUAGUUUCCCUCCUUUAAUUUUAUUAUAAAAUAAAGACCAACACAUGUUAAAAUAACACCAAAUACUA